AUGGCUAAAGAAGAAACGGAGAAGGUCAAGGAGGACAGGCAGAACCUUGCUGAACAGGAGAUCAACGGUGACCCCAGGCUCUUACCCAACAUCACCCUGGGCUACAACCUCUAUGAGAACUAUUUUGAUGCAAGGAUGACUUCCGAUGUCAUGCUAGACCUGCUUUCGGGUGGGGAAAGCAACAUCCCAAACUAUACCUGUGGAAAAGGGAAUAAUAACCUGCUGGCUGUUCUUGAAGGAGCCAAUUCUGUAAUCUCAAAACAGAUUUCGACCAUGUCAAGCAUCUACAAAAUUCCACAGACCAGCCAUGGUUUUAAUGCUCAGGCUAUGGAUGAUAAAUCCCAGUUCCCUUUUGUCUACCGGAUGCUCCCCAAAGAAGAUACUCAAUCCCAGGGGAUUGUCAAGCUGCUCCUGCAUUUUGGAUGGACGUGGGUUGGCCUCUAUGCUUCAGACAAUGAGAAUGGAGAAAGAUGCACCGAUAGCUGCCACCCUGGAUAUUUCAAGGUGAUUCAAGAAGGAGAGCCGGUUUGCUGCUAUGCUUGUUCUCCAUGUGCAGAAGGGACCAUAUCCACUCAGAAAGAUGCAACACACUGUACCAAAUGUCCAGAAGAUCAGCAUCCAAACAAGGACCAAGAUCAAUGUAUUCCCAAGAUUAUCAACUUCCUAGACUAUGAAGAGUAUUGGGGAAUCCUCUUGGCUUCCCUUUCCCUCUUCUUGUCAUUAGUGGCAGCAUUUGUGUUGACAAUCUUCAUUAAAUUCCUAGAAACUCCCAUAGUCAAAGCCAACAACCGGGACCUCUCCUACAUCCUCCUCAUCUCUCUAUUGCUCUGCUUUUUGUCCUCCUUCCUCUUCAUUGGCCAGCCAAGGAAAGUGACCUGCCUUCUCCGACAAACAGUCUUCAACAUCACCUUCUCAGUUGCUGUCUCUUCUGUCUUAGCAAAAACCAUCACUGUGGUGCUGGCCUUCCUGGCCACUAAGCCAGGGAACAGGGUGAGGAGAUGGCUGGGGAAGAACUUGGCCCACUCCAUUGUCAUUUCCUGCUCCAGUGUCCAAGUUGUCAUCUGCAUCACCUGGCUGGGACUUUCUCCUCCAUUCCCAGAAUUUGACAAGAGCUCCCAGCUUGGAGAGAUCAUUGUCCAAUGCAACGAAGGCUCUGUUGCCAUGUUUUACACUGCCCUUGGCUACAUGGGCUUCCUGGCUGCCAUCUGCUUCACGGUGGCUUUUCUAGCCAGGAAGCUGCCUGGGGCCUUCAAUGAAGCCAAGCUGAUCACCUUCAGCAUGCUGGUCUUCUGCAGUGUUUGGGUGUCCUUUGUGCCCACCUACCUGAGCACCAAGGGGAAAUUCAUGGUAGCCGUGCAGGUCUUCUCCAUCUUGGUCUCCAGUGCUGGGCUUCUGGGAUGCAUCUUCAUGCCCAAAUGCUACAUUAUUUUACUGAGGCCUGAUCUGAACACGAAGGAGCAUCUGACAACAAAACACUAA